AGUUACCUUCCAGUAAAGCGUAGCUAAACAAUAAAAUUAUGUUGUCCGUCGCGAUUCUUCUGUUUUGUGUAAUUUGGAACAUUAGCGCUCUGCCACAAACAAUUACGAGUGAUUACUUCGAAUUAUCUGUGGUUCAUUUUAACGAUUUCCAUGCCAGAUUUGACCAAACUAGUCCAGAUGGUGAAACCUGCAAAAAUGAAAAAGAAUGUAUUGGAGGUUUUUCUAGACUUUAUAGUCAAAUAAACAGUUUAUUGGAUGAAAAACCAAAGUCAGUUUUACUGAACGCCGGAGACAAUUAUCAAGGAACUCUGUAUUAUACAGUUGGAAAAUGGAAUAUUACUCAGGAGUUUAUGAACAAAUUACCUAUAGAUGCUGAGGUGCUUGGCAACCACGAAUUUGACGAUGGAAUAGCCGGUAUAGUUCCGUAUAUAAAAUCUCUCCAGCAUCCAAUUGUCGUAUCAAAUAUAGAUGAUAGCUUGGAGCCCAGUAUGCAAGGAACAUACCAAAAGAGUACGAUUAUCGAAAGGGAUGGCAAAAAGAUCGGUAUUAUCGGUGUAACAACUUCAGAUUGUCCCAAAUUAUCCAGCACUGGAGACUUAAAGUUUUUCGACGAAUCUACCAGCGUUAACGCUGAAGCUCAGCGAUUGAUUAAGGAAGAAGACGUUUUUACAAUUAUAGUCUUAUCGCAUUCUGGAUAUGACGUAGAUCUAAGGAUCGCCCAAAAUGCUCAUGAGAAAAUUAGCCUUAUUGUUGGUGGGCACUCGCAUACAUUCUUAUGGACGGGAGAUAAUCCUCCUGGACCAGACCCAGUUGGUGGACCGUAUCCAACUAUAGUCAAAAGUAACCAAGGACACAAUGUGUUAGUGACACAAGCGUCAGCUUACUGCAAAUAUGUAGGUAACAUAACGGUAUAUCUAGACAAUAAUGGAGAAAUUGCAGACUACACUGGAGCCCCCAUAUUCUUAGCUCAUGAAUUACCCCAAGACGCUCAAAUCAACAAGGACUUACAGCCUUGGAAAGAACAAGUAGACGAGCAAGGAGAUAAAGUCUUAGGAGCAACUCUGGUUGAUCUAUCUUUCGAAGGAUGUUAUACCCACGAAUGUACUUUGGGAAACUUUAUUGCCGAUGCAAGUGUCUAUGCAUAUACCAAAUCUCCCCCAGAAGGAUCAUGGACAGAAGCUUCUAUUGGCCUUGUCAAUGCUGGAGCGCUUAGGACCAGUAUUAAAAGAGGAAAUAUAACUUACGCCGACAUAAAAACAUCUCAACCAUUCGGUAAUACCAUCGACUUUGGUCAACUUUAUGGAAAAGAUUUAAAAGAAACAUUUGAACACUGUACACUAGAGUACCAUUCGGGACGAACAUCAGCCAGCACAACUCUGCUUCAAGUAUCAGGUAUAAUAGUAGAAUUCGACUUCUCAAAACCGGAAGGUGAAAGGGUCAUCUCUCUUAAAGCGAGAUGUCACAACUGUACUGUACCAGUAUAUGAAGACGUCGAAGAGGACAAACUAUACAACUUGGCUAUUAACUCAUAUAUGGCUCAAGGUGGUGAUGGCUUCGACAUCAUAGGAAAAAAUUUGAUUAAUAGAAAACGCGGACAAGUGGAUGUGGACGUUUAUGUAGACUACAUCAGUCACAGAUCGCCAAUUUUCCAAGAAGAAGGAGGAAGAGUUAUUUUACAUAAUGUCGAAAAUUCGUUUGUUAUUCGCAAAUAAUUUCGUUGUUUCAAAAAUUGUUCUUUAAAACCAAUUAAUAUAUAAUUAAAUAAAAAGCUGCCAAAAAUAGUCUAAGAAUGAUUAGCAAGUUAGUAGAUUACAUAAAAUAAUUUUUUUAAUAGA